GUAGAAAGUUGAUUUAAUGCGGCGUCGUGCCGAAUUACCCAUUGAAACACCGUGUGCGCCAAUAAUGGGUUUAUUCUGAAACACGAAUCCGGAAGUGCUAAAUUGUUACUCGUGCCAGUAUCGAUUUAACGUUAGCACAUACUCAGAGUUCCAAACAGCUAGCCGAAAGAUGCUAGUAUCUCUCCUUCCCGCAACAUUUAGUCGAUAAUAAGCUGUUACUCAGACUUCUCACGCAAAUAUAUCAGUCUUGUUCUCCGUAAACCUUUGAGAUUGACUGCGCGCCUUCAAAACGCCUUGUUGUGGAGAAACUGGGGCGGUUUAAAAUGGAGAGAUUUACCGGCUGUGCCAGAAACUAGCCAACUGGUAGCAGUUAGCUUCGAGAGUACAACAAGUAAGGCGGCUGGCUAGGCAACCAUUACUGUCGAAGCGGCUUCAGGCCGCCGGCUGUGAGCUACCGGUGUCAAGCUGCUGCCAUAAUAGGAGGUAAAGUGUGACUAGUGGCCUAUGAGGAAGCCACGUCGGAAAGGCCAGGUGGCCGCAGGAGAUGGAACUAAUGUCAGGAAGUCCAAUGGGACAGUUGGCGGGCGUGGGGGCGCCCGCCAGCGAUCCCCAUCCCCUUACAGCCUCAAAGCAUCUCCAAGUAGAGAAACCCUGUCUUACACGCAGGCGCAGAAGGUGGUGGAGGUGGAACUGGAUGGUAGGCUUCAUCGCAUCUCUAUUCUGGAACCCUUGGAGAUCAUAACUGAAGAUGAGAUGAUGGCUCAGGACAUUAUUGAGUGUAACAGCAACAAGGAGAACAGUGAGCAGUCAUCGCCUCCCACCAGCAGUGUCCCAACGGCCCGUAAGCCCACCACACCAAGGGGCCGCAGGAAAGACUCCAAAUGUCCUGCUGUCAAGUCGCCACCACCUUCCAAGAACCACUGCCCCAACUCUCGUCCGCUGUCCCCCGAAAAGUGUAGCGAAUCGCCGCAUCAGCACAUGACCCUGCCUGAACCCAAGUAUCAUGUGAUCGAGACCUUCGCGGCAGUCGAAGCUCCGCCUCUGCCCGCGGCAUAUUACCGCUACAUUGAGCGGUUCGCUGAAGACCUGGAAGCCGAGGCGGAAUACGACAUGGACGAAGAAGACACCGCCUGGCUGGAGAUGGUCAAUGCUGGUCGGAAGUCCGAGGGCUACUCGGCUGUCACGCCAGACAACUUUGAGCUGCUGGUGGACCGGCUGGAGGAGGAGGCGUACCGGGAGGCCCGCAGCCGGGCGCCCUCUCAGACUGCUAUUGACGACGAUGCCUUCUGCUGCGUGUGCCUGGAUGACGAGUGCCUCAACAGCAACGUCAUCCUCUUCUGCGACUCUUGCAACCUGGCCGUCCACCAGGAGUGUUACGGUGUACCGUACAUCCCCGAGGGCCAGUGGCUGUGCCGCUGCUGCCUGCAGUCCCCUCAGAAACCGGUCGAUUGUGUCCUAUGCCCGAACCGGGGAGGCGCUUUCAAACAAACGAAUGACGGCCGCUGGGCGCACGUCGUCUGCGCCAUCUGGAUCCCCGAGGUCUGCUUUGCCAACACCGUGUUUCUGGAACCAGUGGAAGGGGUCAGCAACAUCCCCCCAGCACGCUGGAAACUGACCUGCUACCUGUGCAAGCAGAAGGGCCGUGGUGCGUCAAUUCAGUGCCACAAGGCCAACUGUUACACCGCGUUUCACGUCACGUGUGCUCAGCGCGCUGGCCUGUUUAUGAAGAUUGACCCUGUGCGAGAGACAAAUGUGAAUGGGACUACAUUCUCUGUUAAAAAGACUGCAUUCUGUGAGGCUCAUUCACCGCCAGGACAAGAGCCCGUCUCAGACGAGGAGGGUGAAGGGAGAGUGGUGGGCAGCAGAGGGAGGGCGAGCAGAGGAAGGAGUGCCUACACAGAGGGCCCGGCCACGCCGAAGAAAGGCAGGAAGGGGGAAGAUGAUGCCAAGCUGGAUAAAAAGAAAGGGAAGAAGGGCUCGUCGACAGAACAACUCGCUGCUUCACCACAAGCACUGGUGCCUCAGAUACCCACAAGCAGGCUGAAUAUCAUCUGUAAAGGAAUCCUCUUCCAGAGAAAGAAACAGUUCAUGCAUCGGGUGCACAGCUACUGGCUGCUGAAGCGCCAGUCGAGGAACGGCGUGCCGCUGGUCCGCCGUCUGCACUGCAGCAUCCAAUCGCAAAGGACUGUUGAACAGGUCUUGCCUCAGGUGGAUGAGAAGGUUUCUGCUGCAAGAGAAGCACUGAGAUACUGGCAGAAGCUUCGGCACGACCUUGAGAAAGCCCGGCUGUUAGUGGAGCUCAUGCGCAAGAGGGAGAAACUCAAACGAGAACAGGUCAAAGUUCACCAGGAAGCUCUGGAGAUGCAGUUGACCCCAAUGUUGGUGCUGCUCCGCUCCACUCUGGACCAGCUACAGGAGAAGGACCAGCCCCAGAUCUUUGCAGAACCAGUCGACAUCAAGGAGGUCCCCGACUACCUGGAGUUCAUCAGCCAGCCUAUGGACUUUUCCACUAUGCGCUCUAAGCUGGAGAGUCACACCUACCGCUCAGUGGCUGACCUGGAGUCCGACUUCCACCUGAUGGUGUCCAACUGCCUCCUGUACAACAGCAAGGACACGGUCUUCCACCGGGUAGCGCUGCGUCUUAGAGACUUGGGGGGUGCCGUGCUGCGCCACGCACAACGCCAAGCCACCCACACCGGCCUGGACCUGAGCACCGGCAUGCAUCUCUCAGAGUCGCCGCAGAAACGAGACUUUCGCAGCUGCACCUGGGACGAUGUCGACAGCGUGCUGGAUCCAGCCAACCGGCUUCACAUGACGGUGGAUGAACAGCUGAAGGAGCUGCUGGAAAAGAUGGACUUUGUCUCCUCCAUGCGAUGCAGUGGCGCCCGAACUCGACGCAUCCGCCUGCUCCGUCGCGAGAUCAACAACAUCCGCUACAGGCAGGGCCAGCACCCCCGGCACAGCCUUCACAACGGACAUCUGAAGGAGGAAGAAGAAGAUGACGACGAUGAUGAUGAAGAGGAAGAUGAGGACAAAGACGCCCAGGCAGACAGCAGUCUGUUGUCUUCGGACAAAGAUGACCUCAAAUCCACAUCUCCCCCGACACUGGAACCCACCGGGCCGGCGCCUCCUCCGCGACGCGGGGACGCACCUCUGGAACCGCCCACCCUGCGGCCGAUCACAGGGGAGCCCCAGUCCUCCAGCUGGCCCUGCAAGCGCCUGAAGAUGGACGACGACCUCUCGGAUCUCCCCCCGGAGAACACAAAUUGCACUAAAACACAGGAGCAGCGGGUGCUGCCGCCCCCCAUUUUGCACAGCGAAGGACAGGCGUUUGCCAACGGCCUGCGCGAGCUCGCCGCUGUCCCGCGGCCCGUCAACGGAGGAGUUGGACGGCGAACCUCUGUGUUAUUCAGGAAGGCUAAAAACGGAGCCAAGCUGUUCAGAGAGAGAGACGCCCUGCUGAACGGAAAGCUGCAGCAGGACAACAACUCGAGCAACGCCGCCCCCCCCACCGCACCUAACUCCGCGGCCAGUACCCCGUCAUCAACACCGCUGUCCACGCCGUCAAAGACUCCGCAGAAAAGCCCCGGACCCCCCACCCUCAAUGAACAAUGGACCCCCAGUCGGCGGUGCUCGGAUAGUGAGCUGGAGAAGACGCCAAAUCAUCCAAGCGCACUGACCAACGGAUUCACCAAGCAAACAGCUGGCGGCUCCGACUCUGAGGACAUCCCUUGUCCUGUCCUGCACAAAGAAACCAGCUCACCAACCAAACGAAGCCUCGGCAAACCGGCUCUUUCCAAAAUUCCCUUACUGGAGAUCGUGAAUGGAGACUCUGAUUAUACUGGCAAUGGUCGUCUGCUGUCUGAGGAUGGGACGGAGCUGGAGUCCUUAGCUCUGGUGUGGGCAAAGUGUCGGGGAUACCCCUCCUAUCCUGCUCUGAUCAUCGACCCGGAGAUGCCCGAGGAGGGCAUGCUGCACAACGGGGUGCCCAUCCCUGUCCCCCCCAAAGAGGUCCUCUGUCUGGGGGAGCAGAGGCAGGAGGAGACCAACGAGAGGCUCUACCUGGUGCUCUUCUUUGACAACAAGCGGACAUGGCAGUGGCUCCCACGAGACAAAGUGACGGCCUUGGGAGUAGACGACACAGCGGACAAGCUGCGCAUAAUGGAGGGCCGCAAGUCCAGCAUCCGCAAGUCUGUCCAGGUGGCGUACGACCGCGCCAUGAUCCACCAGAGCCGGGUCAGCCACAGCCACGGCUUUGUGGCCUCCAACUACCUGUAGAGGGCCCAGCCGCUUUUCUGCCUGGUCUCAAAGCAGCAGCAGGGGGUCCGGCCCCGAGAUGAACUUGUAUUGAAUGAGGUCGGUGCAACCGGCGUCCUGGAACCACUAGUGUCCCGCACCCGCGCUGUUUGCAUGUUGUCACGGUGGAGCUGUAGGUGCGGGUGGAGCUGCAUAGAGGUGUCUGCUUACUCCACCUGGGUGUGUUGGAGCCAUGCGUCUGGAUCAAAUGUUAAAGAUCUUCUUUCUAUCGUGCUACUGCCAAGGAAUCAAAUCUUCACAAGAGAUUUGACAUUAUAUGAAACACAGAAGACGUAUGAAUGGAUCACUGCCAUCUUUUAUACAAUAGCUUCUUACAUUUUAAUCUUUUACAGAGACACUUGUAUAUUAUAAAGGCACACGUUGUGUACAUAUGUAUGUUAACAAACAUUGAUUUUAUUUAACGUUGCUCUUUUUAAAUGCGUAUUUCAAUCGAGGGGUAAAUCGAGGCUGUGUAUACUUGGAGAUGAAAUAAUUCCCGACUUGCUGCAGUGUACUUUAACUUGUGAUGUCAUUUAAUUGUGCAGCUUGUUUGUGCGAGUGUGCGUGUGCGCGUUCACAGCGUGCAAAACAAUGAGCCAAUUGUUCUUCAUAUGAAUUCUCUUUUUGAUACAGAGAAAUAAUUUAUUUACGGGAUACAGAACUAUAGAGAGAAAGUUAUAUUUGUUUGAGUUGAGAAUUGAAUCUUAUUUUAAACCGAUGACGUUUGAUAAAAACAUGCUGCCAACGUUUUUAACAGAAGUUCACAUUCGGUUUGGUGAUUUUACUCAAGACCAGCUGCCUUCGUUCACUGUCGACCCCCUAAAUAUCCUAUUUAUUGUCAAGAGACUCAUCUUAUCAAAAAAAUACACCUUUUAUAAGCUUGUAGUACCUGUAUAUUUUACCCACUCACCAAAUAUUUUUGUCAAAACAAGCAUUUCUACAUUUUGGGAAAUAAAUGCUCUAUUAAAAACCAUUUGUGAUACUUAA